AUGAAGCCCCGAAUUAUAAAAGCUAUCCUCAUUUGUGCUCUCGUCGGCUACAUGUCACUCGCGGUCUACUUUAUCAUCCAGGGAGAUGAUUUUCGGAUUCUGGCGGGUGGUGCAGGAGAUCCGAACUCGAUCGAGAACUCGCCGAGAAGUCGAGUUGGAAACGUCAUUCCGGUGCUCAUCCUUGCAUGUAAUCGCUCUCGUGCUUUGGAGACGGUUCUUCGACAAGUGGUGGCCAUCGUGGAUCAGCGUCAAUUCCCCAUAACGGUCUCUUUGGAUUGCGAGCACGAGCCCACCGAAGCGAUUGCCAAGAAAUUCAACGUCAGCUACAUCGAACAGCCGGAUCAGAGCAAGCUCACCCACGGGCAUGCGUCCUUCAAUAUCGAGGGCUACCACCGCUUGAGCCGUCAUUACCGCUGGGCGCUCGAUCAGAUGGUGAAUGUCCGACACAAGGAAUCAAGGAGUCUCAUAAUUUUAGAGGACGACCUGAACGUUUCAAAGGAUCUCUUUUCCUAUUUUUCGGCCUUGAGUGAGCUGAUGGAGAAAGAUAAAACCCUCCUCUGCGUGUCCGGAUACAACGAUAAUGGAAAAACGGAGAGCAUUGACGCGUCGGACCCAUGUCGACUGUGGCGCUCCGAAUUUUUUCCUGGAUUGGGUUGGAUGACGACAUCGGCGAUCGUCAGAGAACUUCUAGCCAAGUGGCCCGCGGUCUUUUGGGAUGACUGGUUGCGUCAGUCCACGCAGCGGAAGGGCCGGAACUGCAUACGGCCCGAGGUGUCGAAGACAACAACCUUUGGUAAGGAAGGCGUGAGUUCAGGACAGUUCUUCGAUUUGCACCUCGCCACCGUACAACUCAACAAGGUGGACUGUCAAUAUGGCCCGAAAGAAAUCGAAGCCAUAACCGCGAAAGCCUUCGAUCAUAGAUUCCGGGACGAAGUGCUUGCUGCCAAAAAACUUUCCUCGGAGUCUCUCAGCGAAAUCGACCCCGGUCUGGCUGUCAAAGUGAUUUGCGACUCAUUGGAAGAAUGGAAAAAUAUCACCACCCUACUGAAUAUCAUGCCCGACAUUCGGUCCGGAGUGGCUCGAAAUGCUUUUAAAAACGUAGUUCCGACAUUCUUCAGGGGCUCGAGAGUCUACAUCGACGUCAAGAAAAUCAUUGAGGACUCGGGGAUGCGAGACGCGGCAGUCUCUUCUUAAAAUCGAUCUCAUAAGUGGAUUCAUAGCGUAGUUUCUUUCCCUCCUCUUUCGCAACUUCUUACUCUCGUAGGGUUCGUCCCCUCCUCGCGUGAUAUUGUUCCCGACGGAGGCCCAGGGAGUUCCCGCUCAUUUUAGGUAAAUCAUGCGUCUAAUAAAAUAACGCAUGGGAAAAG